AGAAUGACAAAACAAAUGAAAUGUAUUUAGGUUCUUUUCUAUUCUUUCUUUUUUUUUUUUAUUUUUAGGCAUCUGUAUUUCUUUCAUUUUGCAGAUGUCUUUUUCAACCAAUGGUGUCUUAAAUUCUGGUAUCAAGCCUGCCAGCAGCACCGCCAACAAUAUCCUUCAACCUCGGCCACAUCGAAAAAGCAGCACUCAUAGCAACAACAAUGCAUCCACCGUUACAUCUUCUUCCUCCAACAUGAUGCACAGUAGUCCUAGAAGUAGUAUUGCAAGCUCAAAUGCCAGUCGAUAUACAGGUGGACUUACUACCACGUCUACUUUUUCUUCUAUUGACGAACAACAGAGCUCGACCACCAACUCUUCUGCUAUUGACUUUCUCGGCGACUCAAUCGAUGACUUUGAUAUUACUGACAAUUUGGAUUUCGAGGAUGUAGACACUACUCUAAUCGGCCACGAGAAUCCGCAUCGGAACCGAGAAAUUUUGAUAGAAAGCCUUUUAACAUCAGAACAAGCUUACACAGAAUCUUUAGAAUUGGUCAUGCGGUUGUUUUUAUUGCCAUUGAGAAAAGACACCAAUCAUUCGUCUUUUAGUUUUCUUGGAAUGAAAAAAAUGGUGUGUACAGAGCGUGAAUUUCGCUGGCUUUUCGGCAACUUUGAAGAAUUGGUACAUACACAUCAAUUGACAUUGAAGAGUCUUCAAGAGAGACUGCGUAUUUGGGGACCAACUCAAAUUAUAUCUGACGUUUUUCAAGCCUGGUUUCCUAAUCUAGAAUGCUACCGUGUUUAUUUGAACAAUUAUGAUGUUACUCUAACAACGUAUGAACGAUUGACGAGAUAUCCUCCUUUUAAGAAGUUUAUAGAUUCGGCUCAUAAAGAUAAAGCACUUAAAGGCUUCACUUUACUCUCUUUGAUUCAAUUGCCUAUUGGCUGUAUUGAUCGCUAUGUCGACAUUAUCACACGCUUAUCUGAUGAAACUUCCAAGACUUUUCCUGAUUAUCAUGGCCUAUUAAAAUGCAAACAAUGGAUUCAGCAGUUCCAUAAUAGCAUUAAAGAAAAGCUUUUAGAUGCCGAUAAUGUCGAUCAAGUACUCAUGAUUCACCAAGCACUUAUUGGUGCCCCAUUUAGUGUAAGGGCUGAACGAAGACUAGUUAUGCAGGGACAGCUAUCACGAGUAGUGUUGAAUACACGGUCCUUAGGCGAAGAACGACACUAUGUAUUAUUUUCUGAUCUUUUGGUCUUUGCUAAACCGAAAGUUGAAGGAAAAGUAACCCGCUUGCAUUACAAGGGUCAUUUAACUUUGGAAAGAGCUAGGGUUCGAGCUCUUUCAAAAGAAGAAGCAGGCGGUAUUGCUCACUGUAUUGAACUCAUUUCAUCUUUUUCUGGUGUUGAUAAUCUCAACACAACUUUUAUUGCUGCACCUACUGUCCAUAUUUUAUAUAUUGGCUCUGACUCAGAAAGAGAUGAAUGGGUCUCUAGACUUGAAAGUGUCAUUGAAAACCUAGACAGAAAGGCUUCAGCCAAACGUGCACAAGCAACUCGCCGUAUGAUUCAGAGCAGAGCCCCUAAAGGUAGUGGAGGCACAACGUCAACUACUUCAACUAUUUCUUCUAAUGAAGAUGGUUCUUCGCGAGGUUCAACUCACACAAAUUAAAUACUAUACUUUUUAUGGCUUCUAUCUUUCAUCUCCUUCACUUUGGUCUCCCUUCCAUUUUCAUAUGAUUAUUUCAUUCUAUGUAUACAAAAACUGUGCUUCAAAUUACCUAAUACUCAUACAUGUACAUAUUGUACUCCUUCCUUUCCUUCCACCAUAGUUUCUGGCGAAAAAAAAAUAACUUGUAUCAAUAAUAAUAAAGA